AUGAAUGAUAAGAAAGAAAGGAAAGAGAAGUGUUCUGGAAUGCCAGAGGCUGCGGCAAUGCUUCUUGUUGAUUUGUUCAUUAGAGACGAGAAAAGAUGGUAUCAGAGAGUUCUAGGUGGAUGUAAAAAGGGAGUCAACGAAAGGCAGAAGUUGUUAUCGGAAUGGCAGGAAGAACUGGAAGGGAUUGGAUGUGAUCGGACAACACAUCAAAUCUACAGCAGAAUUAAAGGCGAUUUGACGAUGGUGAAAAGUCGAUUGUCUGCGGAGAAAGUGGAGAGAGGAAAAACAGGAGGCGGAUUAGCGAAAAAAUCAGCGAAACUUGACGUCGCCAGACAAAAACUCUACGACCAUGUCGCUGGAUCUCACGCAUUGGAUGGAUUCGAAGGAGGACGUGAAUCGAGUGAAGAGCCGGGGCUGGAAAUGUUCAGUACUGUUGAUGAAAAGACAUCUCAUGGUAACAAUGGAGACGAAGAAGAUAUGGAUUAUAACGAAAUUGAUGAUAAAAUGGUUUUAAAGAGAAGUGAUACGAAGGAAAAAGAAGAUGAAGUUCAAGUCGAAGAAAUGGCGUUCAAGUCUACAAGCUUUAGAGAAGUGGUACAAGCUACUCCACGAAAGAGAGGGAAGCAAGCUAAUGAUUUCGAUUUGAAAAGAAGAACCGUGUUUGAUAGUCAAUUAGAACUACAAGAAGAGAAAAUAGACUACAUACGAACAAAAAAGCGUAUUCUUCUUGAUAAGGAACAACGAGAUCUAAAACUCUGGGAAGUUCAGUACCAAACUGCUCAGCUACAACGCACUCUUGCUUUGGAAGAAGUAAGUAUCAGAGGGUUGAUUGUCAGAGAAGAGGAUAUCAUCGUUCGCGAAGUCGAUUUCAACGGAAAGGAUUUUGAAGCAGCUGGCAAUGAUGAAUGA